CAAACCGGAAGUCCGUGCACAUCCUGGUUGCUCAGCACGUUAACGGUUCCGGUCGGCUUCUCCAGGCACAAGUCACCGCUGCCCCUCCGUCCACUCCUCUGCAAAUUAAUAACAUUUUCCAAGGGUUACUUGUUUCCUUUUCUUUGUUAAACAUGCCUCUAAAGUUUGAGCUGUGUCCCGGUCGAAUGAUCGGAGGGAACCAUCCGUGCUUCAUCAUUGCCGAAAUUGGACAAAACCACCAGGGAGACAUUGAGAUUGCCAAGAAAAUGAUCAAAAUGGCAAAGGACUGUGGCGCUGAUUGUGCCAAAUUCCAGAAGAGUGAAUUAGAGUACAAAUUCAACAAGCGAGCUCUGGCGCGCCCCUACACCUCCAAACACUCCUGGGGCAAAACCUACGGGGAACACAAGCGCCAUCUGGAGUUCAGCCAUGAGCAGUACAGGGAGCUGCAGAAAUAUGCCGAGGAGGUGGGGAUCUUCUUCACCGCCUCGGGCAUGGAUGAGAUGGCAGUGGAGUUCCUCCAUGAGCUCAAUGUGCCUUUUUUCAAAGUGGGCUCUGGAGAUACCAACAACUUCCCCUACCUGGAGAAGACUGCCAAGAAAGGACGUCCCAUGGUGGUGUCCAGCGGGAUGCAGUCCAUGGAGACGAUGCGUCGGGUCUACAAAACGGUGAAGGAGCACAACCAGAACUUUGCCAUCCUGCAGUGCACCAGCGCCUACCCUCUGGAAGCUGAGGAUGUCAACCUCAGAGUGAUAACGGAAUACCAGAAGGAAUUUCCAGAUAUUCCCAUCGGGUAUUCCGGCCACGAGUCUGGGAUCAAUAUUUCAGUUGCUGCUGUUGCUUUGGGGGCAAAGGUCAUUGAGCGUCAUGUGACCUUGGACAAGACGUGGAAAGGAAGUGACCACUCGGCCUCGCUGGAGCCCUCUGAGCUGACCGAGCUGGUUCGCUCCAUCCGCCUGGUGGAGAGGGCGCUGGGGAGCGGCAUCAAGCAGAUGUUACCCUGUGAGAAGCCGUGCCAUGAUAAGCUCGGUAAGUCGGUGGUGGCCAAGGUCAAGAUCCCCAAAGGGACGGUCCUGACUCUGGACAUGCUGACAGUAAAGGUGGCCGAGCCCAUGGGCGUCUUUGCCGAGGACAUCUUCCAGCUGGUCGGCAAGAAGGUGAUGGAGGACGUGGAGGAGGAUGAGAGUGUCACGCCGGAGGUGGUGGACAGCUACGGCAAGAAGGCCAAAUGUUGAGGAGGGCGGAGAGUUUGGAAAUGAGUCGUGAAAAAGGUACUUAAUGUCAGAGGAGAUUAAAUCGACUCCUUUGGGGAUAAUUACGAUGAAACAUAAUGUGACACAGGCAGGAGGGUCCUGGUCAAGGAAGCCAAGGAAGAUCAGAACUUGUUGCAUAAUUGGACAUGAAGUGGUCUGAGAGUUUCAGUGUAUAACUGCUGUUCAAACAUGAUUAUUUUUGCUCAAAUUACUCAUUUGUUCUCCUUUGCCAAAGUAUUUUUAAUGUAUUAAUGUUCCAAAAGCCGCCUUAACUUCACACACUAACGUUUUUGGCAAACAGGCUCUUGGAUAAACCUGCCAUGAUCUGACAAGAUGCUCAGCAGCAGUUUCAGCUCUGUGGUCAGCACACGUCCAGUUGUUACUGUUAACUGUCUCAACACUCUUUGCACCGCAGACACAACUGUGAGAUCACAGAGCCUGCUUGCCAAACAGUCAGCGGACUCAUCUUGGACCACUGAGCUGUUAUGAUUGUCACCCAGUGCCACGAUGCCUUUAGUAAUCAAUGUUUGUGGUGUCAGGCAGGCGCAGCCUCUUCAUAACAUUUUUUUUUCUGGAGCCAGAUGCAUAAAACUUGAAGUUCCAUAGACUGUCUGCAUCAAAUGCAUGAAGUCAUGUGUAUGCAUUUUCUUAAAAACACUACUUUGUGCCCACACACAAAUAAUCUGUUAUUGUCACAAAUCAGACUCCUGUUUGUCACCAACAGGUUGUAAUUGUGCUUUCAGGAUGAAAGAUAUUCAUGUUCUCUGUUGAAAUCAAAGAUGUUCUGAAAAGAUGAAGCCUCCAAAUAAAAUAUUGUCCAUA